AUGGCCGAGAACGGUGUUAUUUCUAUUCCUCAAAAACAGAAGGCUGCCGUCUAUGAUCAGCCAGGAAAGAUAUCCACCAAAGUGGUGGAGAUCGAUGUACCAGAGCCUGGUGCUGGUGAGAUUUUGAUAAAUCUAACUCACUCUGGAGUCUGCCAUUCGGAUAUGGCUGUCAUGACCAACACCUGGAAAUCUCUCCCAUACCCUACACAACCAGGACAAGUCGGCGGCCACGAAGGCGUUGGUAAGAUUGUCAAACUAGGACCCGGCGCCGAGUCCUCUGGCUUAAAGAUUGGGGAUCGGGUAGGCAUAAAAUGGGUAUGGAGCGCAUGUCAGAAUUGUCCGGCUUGCUUCGUAGGUCUGGAUGGGAACUGCUUGAAUCAGAAAGUCAGUGGAUACUAUACGCCAGGCACAUUUCAGCAAUAUGCGCUGUCGCCAGCGAAUUAUGCGACACGGAUUCCUGACGGAUUGUCGUCGGCGGAUGCUGCACCGAUGCUCUGUGCUGGAGUCACGGUUUACGCAGCUUUGAACCGUAGUAAGGCCCUUCCGGGGCAGUGGGUGGCGAUCUCUGGAGUAGGAGGUCUCGGUCAUCUCGCGUGUCAAUUGGCAAGCAGAGGGAUGGGGUUUCGCGUGAUAGCUAUCGAUCAUGGAAGUAAAGAAGCGCUUGCCCGGGAUUCCGGCGCUGAGCAUUUUAUUGAUUUCACCAAGUUCGAUAAGGAAGGCGUUACCAAGCACGUCCUGUCCCUAACGGGUGGAUUGGGUGCUCACGCUGCAGUAGUCUGCACAGCGGCCAAUGCAGCUUAUGCACAGGCAAUCGACCUCCUCCGAUUCAACGGCACCUUGGUUUGCGUAGGCAUUCCCGAAGGCGAGUAUGUGAAUAUCAGCGGUGCCAAUCCAGGGGUUAUCACCACCAAGCAACUCACCAUCACCGGAUCAGCCGUGGGCAACCGUGGAGAAGCCAUUCGAACGCUAGAAUUUGCCGAGCGAGGAAUCAUCAAGGCGCAUUAUGAGAUUGAUAAGCCUGAGAACCUGACGAACAUUUUCGAGCGGAUGGAGCACGGCAAGUUGCAAGGGAGGGUGGUUCUUGAUUUGUCUUGA